AUGCUGGUAAUGGUACAUCUGAGCCGAGUGGGCCAGCUUUCUGUCGCCGGCUAUGUUAGCAGCAGUCGUUUCGCCCAGCAGGCUCGUCGGGGGACUCUUGGCUCGGCCGCCGCCACGUCUCCAGCGCAAACCGCCGCCAAGCGUCUCGAAGUUGGCCACUCCCCUGCCGGACAGACGUCUCCUGUGGACAGACGAAUGGAAGGUAUGUAG